AUGGCUCGCCUACAGAGACGCGAACAGCUCCACCAUCGCGUCCCAAGCCAGAAUCGUGAUUUCAUUCGAAACUUCACCACACUUCUCCAACCACCCGAUUGGCGUUACAAGAGAGAUCGCUACACUUACACGUACUCUUUCAAACCACCACGUCCCCAGCGUGAUCCGGUUAUACGGCUGAUCAAGAGAACUAUCCGUGACUUGAUGAACGGCCUUGAACACGGCGUCGCAAUGUGCAAUGCCAACUUUCGAGUCUUUCAAACCAUAGACUCGCCGCCGAUCUGGCCAUCUAACGAAACUCGGGAAACGAAGCUGUAUACCUUCACGCAGGAAUAUGAGGAGUUCCCUGCAACCGUUCCCAUCUCAGUCAAACCGCAUCAAGGUGCCCUAGAUGUCAGCAAGAUCCACGUUCGUAUCUCAGGCGAAUGGGUCCCGAUCCGCCAAUGGCUUGUCAAUUUGGCUGAGAAAAGCAAGGCCAUGUGGGAGCGUACGCCUGAAUCCAUCCAGUACUUCUGGAACAAGCGUAAUAAACGUUCUUUCGAUCUUUGGAGGCUGCCGGCCGAGCUCCGCCGUAUAGUCCUCCAGUAUGCGAUCGCUCCUGAGGGCGAAAUCUAUCCUCUGAGCGAGCUCACCAAGACAUGCCCCUGUACAUGGCCUCCAGUGCCGCAGUGCGAGAGCGCAUGCAUCUUCAUGGGCGUCGGCUACACUGGCGGCCGCACGGGGCACAAGCUCAUGAACGGGGAAUAUGCCACGUACCGCUACGAGAUAUCUACUGAAGUUCAUGCCAGGGUCUAUCUUCCCAACACCAAUCUGUUGCUUGCCAGCAAGUGGCUCAAGCAGGAGGCUCUCGAGGCAGGCUGGAACGGGCCGGUAAAGUGCUUUGUUGACAACCAGAACUUUGUACUUGCAAUGUGCUCGAGGGUCGGAGCAGCACAACAGUUUAACGUCCUGGGCCGUAUCGAACUCAGCUUCACAAUGGGAGGUUGGCUGCGUUUCCUUGGGAUCGACACUCCCUUCGACCUUCCUCUCCACCAGGUGAUCACCGAGGCAAGAGGGCCCUACCUUGCCCAACUCGCCAACACGACUCGCCUUAGCAUACGAUUCCGAGACCCCGACGAUGGAUGGGCUGAUCACCCUUGGGGUCAAGAGACGCAGAAAACAGCGUGUCAGAGCGUCAUGAUCGACUGGAUCAUGACGUUUGCUUUUCCUCACAUCAAGCACAUCGCCAGACUAAAUCUCACUGGCUGCAUCAGGAACCCGCAGAAGCAGAACUGGGAAUCUCUGCUGGAGCGGGAGCGUACAGGAGUGCCUCACGAUUUCGAUCAAGUCGCUACUGCCGAGGCAGUUCUGGCAACCGAUGUCGAAUACCUGUAA